GAGCCUGUGCUUGGCGUCUCGUUGCCAACUUGAAAGAGGUCUUAUAUGGAGCUGCAGGUCUGUAGGAACAGUCGAGUGAAUGAUCUGGAGGUAGAUAAAUGAAUUAUGAUGCUCACAGAUAGAGGGUCUUGGUUUGAAUGGAGUUUUCGUACAAGCACAAUAAGAGCAAGGCUGGGCCUGAUCACACUACAUGGAGAGAGAUAGUGGUAAGUGACAGAGUGAGGAGGCCGAUAUACAGAACAGACAGCGACAUACUUUGGUCUUGCGGACGCGGCAAGUUUCACACGCCCGGGAGGCGCGCGGCGGGCGUCGGCGAGAAGCGCGCAGUUUGGCCGUCAUCCGCCCCGUUCUUUCACUUUCCCUUCCACCUUCCAUUGCUGAACCACUUUCCAUUUGCUGGGCUACUAGUAGGCCCCAAUGCCUUUUGUAUGUUUUGGAGUGUUGUUGUGGGUGAUGAUGAUGAUGAUGAUGAUGAUGAUGAUGGAGAUGAUAAUGAUGAUGAUGAUACCAUUGGGUUCUUCAACUAAUCAGACUGGUGCUCCACACUCCAGAUGCGCUAGAUAGGAUUGGCUCUUGACGCUUAAAUUCACCACCGGCCGCGGACCGCAGUCAACUACCCGAGAUUUCCGAGCAAUGAACGGAGAAGAUCCACAAGUGUCCUAACGAGCUCGAUUUCGUGGGGUUUGUCUGGGGCUUGCGGUCAGCUCAAUG